AUGCUGCUUGUUAUGAAGGCUGAGGUGAGCAUCAUGAAGAUGAGUAGGCGAGUGGCUGAUAUAGAGAGCUCCUCGAACAGGGAAGUAGCAUUGUUGGAGGAACUCGAAGAUGAGAAGGUUCCGAAGUCAUGCCUUUGCCUUACUAUUGUGCUGAUACUGGAUGCAACAUUGUGGACCUCUGGUUCGAGCAUGGCCACGGAUUGUAGGGGAGGAAUGUAUUGCCUAAUGAGUUGUAUGCUUUCUUCAGAUCCUCUGUGCUCCCUAUCACAUCUGGCUUGGCCACCUAUAGAUUCUUGGGUCCAGGUAUAUAUACUUUGGUUUUCUGAAAGUGGAUUGCAUUUGCUUCCUGAUCACAUUGAAACAAGGGUGGAAAUAACCAUCAUCCGCCGACCGUUCUUCCUCCCUCAGGUUCCCGAUCUAAAGCGGAGGAACACGAGGUCGCAUCCAUUAAGUGGCAGAAGGGGGUUGCAACGAUUUUCUUCAGUCUGA